AUGGCGGCUCUCCUUACAGUCGUGAACCCCGGAGCCCUCCACCCUCUUGCCGUGGAAACAAGAGACGCCAUUCACUGCUGUAGCAUCCAGAACAAGAGCGUCUCCUUGUUCUGGAUAAAAGCUCACGCGGGGUUGGAGGGUAACGAGAGAGCCGACUCGCUCGCAAAGGAAGCCGCCUUAAAGUCCAAACGCAAGCCGGACUAUGAUAUGUACCCGGUAUCAUUCGUCAAACGUUUUAUCCGAAUGGAUACGCUUGACGAAUGGAACCGGAGAUACAGCACGGGGCACACAGCGUCCACCACCAAGCUGUUUUUCCCGAGUGCGGUUGAGGCGUACAGGACGGUACGCAAGCUGAGUAUCACCAAGGAGCUGACCCAGGCUCUAACGGGGCACGGUGGUUUCUCUGAGUAUUUGACUCGCUUCAAAUGCAAAGAGAACCCAGCGUGCGCCUGCGACCCUGGCGUAUCUGAAACCGUCCCCCAUUUGCUGGUAGAGUGCCCCAUAUAUGAAUCUGUGACACCAGCGCCGCGGCUGCAGGACUUCCUCGUGGAAGCUACACCAAGAAGUUGGGAGCCUCAAGACAGCAACCCAAAACCAGUUAAACGUAAUUCUACUAUUCCUCGUAUUCAUAAAAAAAAUGUCGCUAUAAUAAAAGAGGUGUGUGAAAAAUUCAAAGAAGGAACAAUCAAUUUCGAGCUUAAUAAAAUGGCAGACGUUUGGCAGACUGCGUAUUACAAGUUACCAGAGAAAGUGCAGUGCUUUAAAAUUCAUAUCAAGAAGCUUACGGAUAAGGAGAAAAAAGAAAACGCGAUGAGAUACGGGAAUUUUAGUGGCGCAAUCAACUGGAACAAAUGUAAUUUGGAAAUCAAGGCUGCAACGGAAAUUCACAGAAGACAUUUCCUGCAAGGAGACAGUGAGAAUGAAGGAGUAUUGGACAAUAUCAUCAUUGUAGAAGAAUCCUACACGGGAGCUCAGAAGAUCCAAGAGGAAAGUGCAGACCAGUGGCUGGUAGCCCACAAUAUGCUUCUUAUGAGAGACUGUGAGACCGGCGGAGUCGUGGUCUUCUCUAAAGUACCCCACCUCUCCAAACAAGCUGAAAUAGAAGACGCCUUAAAAGACUUCAGUGAAGAAUACAUGAACGGCAAAAUGGCGUGCGAUGAUGAAGAAAUAUCCAACAGGUCUUUUGAUAGCGACGAUGAUGUUGAACUGUAAAAUAUUGUUUUUGAACUGCAAUUUAUCGAAAUGGAAUCUGGUAGUCAAAAAGGCAAAGCAAUUUAUAUGAAAACCAAUAUUGCAUUUCAACAUUUCCGCAUUUAAAAGUAAGUGCACAGUGCCAACGAUAAAUGUCAAAAAGCAAUAUUGCUUUUUUUGAGUCUUUUUAACACCCCAGAUUCUUUGCACGCUUGUAUAGACAAAUCUGGAUUAACGUCUC